UAUGGUGUGUUGCCGAAUAAACAAACACACCACCAUGGGAUGAAAACAUCACCGAAGAAAAAAAUUCUUCAAUUUCAUCAUCAUCAUCAUCAUCAUUCUUGAAUGAUCGAUGAUUGAAAAGUUUUAAUUUAACGUUUCCAAAUGACGAUGAUGAUGAUGGCUAUGAUGACGACAAUAAAUGAAUCAGAUCAAGAAUUUUCUCCAUUCUUUUCAAUUCAACAGAUCAACUUUUCUUCCAUAUACAUCGAAGCAUAUUGCUAUUGCAGAAUUUCAAUCACAAAUCGGUUACCGAAAUGAAAAAAAACGUCAAUAACAGAGCCUAAAAUAUGGAAUAGCACAGCAUGAACAAAAAUGUCUAUUUAUAAAUCAAACGGCCGGAAAUCUGGUUACCAUAUGACAUUUAUAUGGACAUCUAACGGGAUUAUUAUGGCUAUUAUGAUUGGAACGAUUUCCGCUUCAUUGUCAUCAACAUCACAAUUAUCAUCACCAUCACCAUCGUUAUCAUCGUUACAAUCACCAUCAUCAGAUAUGGAUGAAUUACCACGAUCUUUGUAUCGUAAUUCCAACUAUCGUUUAAGAUUGUUACCAUCAACAACAAAUUCAUUAUUUAACAUACCAAAUCGACAGCAACAAUCAUCAUUAUUUGAUGAUCAAUUUUUCUAUAAAAUCAGAGAUCGUUUGUUUAUGUUACAACCGAUUAUGUUGUUCCAUAAUGGUGUUAUGGAUGAUAGUAAUGGCAAUGGAUAUGUUAGCCGAAAACGUUCAUGUCUGAUCAAUGCUGGCCUAUCAAAUAAUUGCGAUUUUCGGGAUUUUAUAUCAGCAUCAAAUGCCCGUCGUAUUUGGGAAUCCCAAGCAUCCCCAGGAAAACGUAGUAGUAAUAGUUUAUCAACGUAUCAUUCAUAUCAAGUACCACCAAUCAAUCGAUUGUCUUAUUAUUCUUCUUCUUAUCCAUCUUCUUAUGAUUCAUCAUCAUAUAAAUCAUGGUUAUUGGAACAACAACAACAACAACAGCAGAAGCCAUCAAUUAUCGAUGAUGAAUCGAUGAUUAAAAAUAUCGACAUUCCGCAUCAAAUUACAUCAUCAUCGAUAAAUGAUAAUAAUGGAAAUCGAGCAAAGCAACCAAUGGCAUUAGCUGCUUACCAACGUUUACUUAUUAAACGUAUGGAAUGUUUAAGUGGUUUACCCGGUGGUGAUUGUGAAAAUUCAUUUCUUGGCGGUGAAAGCUUGGGACAAGAUUUUUUACGGCCAGGUGGACGUAAUCCAGGACGUUGAUAAUUAUCAUUAAUCAUUUUGUUGAUCCAUCAAUUGGAUUCAUGAAUCUAAUCAAUGAAACAAAAAAAAACCUGAACAAAUUGAAAUCAUUAUCACACACACACACACACACACACACACACAAG